CCAAAAAUAAAUACCCACUCAACUCCGAGGGCAUUCUUGGAUCAGCUAGCCACGCCAUCGUUCAGAUUGUAAUACCUCCGUAGCAGAGAUUUAAACUGAUCCACGGUCAGCUCCGACACAUCAAACCAUAGCGCGCAAGGAAGCAGGAAAUACGUAAUCCUGGUCAGGGGGACAGAAAAAUAGGAUCCCGACGCGUCUCGUUAGUAAGUCUGAAUCCUAAAAUCAGCUAUGGGCAAAGGAGGAGGCACUUUUGAACGGCUACUCGAUAAGGCCACCAGCCAGCUUCUGCUGGAGACAGACUGGGAAUCCAUACUGCAGAUCUGUGACCUCAUUCGCCAAGGAGACGCCCAAGCAAAGUACGCCAUCGGCGCCAUCAAGAGGAAGGUGAAUGACAAGAACCCACACGUGGCUCUGUACGCCCUGGAGGUGCUGGAGUCUGUGGUAAAGAACUGCGGACAGACUGUUCACGAUGAGGUGGCCUGCAAGCAGACCAUGGAGGAGCUGAAGGACCUCCUCAAGAAGCAGACGGAGCCGAACGUCAGGAGUAAGAUUCUGUAUUUGAUCCAGGCCUGGGCCCACGCCUUCCGCAACGAGCCCAAAUACAAGGUGGUUCAGGACACCUAUCAGAUCAUGAAGGUGGAGGGUCAUGUGUUUCCCGAGUUUAAAGAGAGCGAUGCCAUGUUUGCAGCGGAAAGGGCCCCUGAUUGGGUAGAUGCUGAGGAGUGCCAUCGAUGUCGUGUGCAGUUUGGGGUUGUGACUCGAAAGCACCACUGUCGGGCGUGUGGUCAGAUCUUCUGUGGAAAGUGUUCCUCCAAAUACUCCACCAUUCCUAAGUUCGGCAUCGAGAAGGAGGUCCGUGUGUGUGAGCCCUGCUUUGAACUCCUCAACAAGAAAACAGAAGGGAAGACGACUGCAGCCACUGGGCCUGCUGAACUCCCUCCGGAGUACUUGACAAGCCCUCUUUCCCAGCAGUCUCAGAUGCCCCCCAAGAGGGAUGAAGCGGCCCUGCAGGAGGAGGAGGAGCUUCAGCUGGCCAUCGCCCUAUCACAAAGCGAGGCUGAGGAGAAGGAGCGAAUGAGGCAGAAGCCCUCGUACUCUGCAUACCCCAAGGUCGACCCAACCCCGGUGACCUCAUCAGCUCCGCCAGUCAACUCCCUUUACUCCGCCCCUGUGAACUCCUCUGCUCCCUCGGCUGAAGAGGACCCGGAGCUGGCGCGAUACCUCAACCGGACUUACUGGGAAAAAAAGCAGGAAGAAGCUCGUAAGAGCCCCACCCCUUCCGCCCCAGCCCCCGUGCCAUUGGCCGAGCCCCUGCCCGUCAGCCAGCCUGCGGACACUCACGUGCCUGUUCAGCCUGUCAGCAUCGUGGAGCAGCAGUACCAGAACGGGGAGUCAGAGGAGAACCACGAGCAGUUCCUGAAAGCGCUGCAGAACGCGGUCACCACCUUCCUCAACCGCAUGAAGAGCAACCACAUGCGCGGUCGCAGCAUCACCAACGACAGCGCCGUGCUGUCGCUCUUCCAGUCCAUCAACAACAUGCACCCGCAGCUGCUGGAGGUGCUCAACCAGCUGGACGAGAAGCGGCUGUACUACGAGGGGCUGCAGGACAAGCUGGCGCAGGUCCGAGACGCGCGGGCGGCGCUGAACGCCCUGCGGGACGAGCACCGCGAGAAGAUGCGGCGGGCGGCCGAGGAGGCGGAGAGACAGAGGCAGAUCCAGCUCGCCCACAAGCUGGAGAUCAUGAGGCAGAAGAAACAGGAGUACCUGGAGAUGCAGAGGCAGCUGGCGAUCCAGCGGCUGCAGGAGCAGGAGAAGGAGAGGCAGCUGAGACUGGAGCAGCAGAAGCACACCAUUCAGAUGAGAGCGCAAAUGCCUGCCUUCUCCCUGCCCUACGCACAGAUGCAGUCCCUGCCCCCUAACGUGGCCGGCGGGGUGGUGUACCAGCCCGCCGGCCCGCCCAGUUACCCCGGCACGUUCAGCCCCUCCGGGUCCGUGGAGGGCUCGCCCAUGCACACAGUCUACAUGGCCCAGCCGGGGCAGCCUGGCGCCGGGCCCUACCAGGCCAUGCCCGCGUCUGGAGCAGACCCUAACAUGGCCAACGCCUACAUGUACCAGACCGCUGGCUCCACGGGAGGCCCCGCCCCCCCGGCCCAGGCUGUUCCCACCACAAGCCCCGCCUACUCCAGCUACCAGCCCACGCCCACUCAGGGCUACCAGAACGUAGUUUCCCAGGCCCAGCCCAUUCCCCCCCAGGCCCCUCCUGUCAACGGUAUGGGCUACAUGAACUACCAACCCUACAACAUGCAGAGCAUGAUGUCAUCGCUGCCUGGGCAGGACCCCAACAUGGCGGCCCAGCAGCCUUACCUGCCCGGACAGCAGCCCAUGUAUCAGCAGAUGGCGCCACCCGGUGGCCACCAGCCGCACGUGCAGCAGCAGCUGCAGCAGCAACCCCACGGGCUGGGGGAGGCGCAGCUCAUCUCCUUUGACUGACAGCCAGCCCCGCCCGCCCAGGCCACGCCCUCGUGGGCCCCACGAGCUACACUACCGCUCACCGCGCCACCACAAACCACCUCAGACCACCUCACAACCUGAAUCUGUGUGUUACACAUCCGCCCCCCCCCAUAUCUCACUGCUCCGCACCUCCAUCGUAGGGCCUGAGGGGAGGGCAGGGCGCGGGUUUAAACGGGGGGGCGCUCCGUUUCCAUCAGACUCUGCUCCGUUUCCCCUUUGUCCUUCCGUAUGUAUGUAGGUGUGUGUUUGUGUGUGUGUGUACGUACUGUUCAAUCGUGAGACGAAACACAGAGCCUCAAAUUAGUCACUCCUGUUAUAAAAUGAAGGAAAAUAACUAAUGCAUAAAAAAAGAAGAUAAUAGACGAGUAAUCUUGUCCGGCAUAUUUUUCUAUAGCGUAAUUGCAUGCAUUUUUUAUUUACCCCCCCCCCCCCCCCUGCUGUGUCAUCUGAGCCACAACUCUUACUGAGUUUUGAUUGGCUGCCGUUAUUCUUUUAUCCUUUUCCCUUCCUUUUUAAGAGAAGUACAGGAGAGGCGCGUGGGCGGAGGUCACAUCAUGAAGGUGUCUGUCUAAUCGCCCCAUAAUGAAGCUGCUCCCCACCCGUUAACACUACUUUCCGUUCAGCUCCGGGCAGAACCUGCCCUCGGGUAGUCACAGGAAACUAAACUGAGGGCUCCUUCCGUGCCACGUAUAGCAGUCCCAGCGGAAAGUUUCAUUUGUUUCUUAGCUUAGAAUACUUCACUUUGGCUUCUGUAGGGGCAAUGGGGACCCGCAGACUUUUUUUUACAGGGUCUUCCCAUGGAAGGAUGCGGCCUGGUUCUGAGUUAUUUAUCAAUGGAUGUAAUCCAGUCUAUUCUCUGGGGCGGGGGGCUGUCUGUCAGAGUAAAGCAAAGGGGAUCACUCGUCACUGCCGGGAUCAGGCGAACGGAUGCGUCCUGCCGGCCGGUCCUGAAACCCAUAUCACAUCAUAUCAUUUGUGAAGUUUUCUUUAUCUUGUUCCAUCAUGCAAAUCUGACUUAAAAGAUAAGCAAUUUUAAGAUUAUAUUUAAUAAAUAUCAUCUUUUGUCCAUUA